AAAAUGUGAAACUGCAGAAGAGCCCACCAGGAGCAGAACUAGACAGACAGCACCGAGCCGGCUCUGACAGCUCCUGCACAGUUAACAUCAGGAAGCAAAUUCGCUCCGGAGACGCUUGCACAGGCACAGAGAUGAGAUCGCUGUAUUUAUUCCUCCUGUCGGCGUUCUGUUCAGCCCAGAAGAUACCAAGACUGAAGUUUACCCUUAAAGACGCUCCUGUGCUGAGCUUCGAGAAUGGGGAGAAGUCCACAGUCCUCUUCCACGAUGCCGGGUCUGAGCAGCUGUACGUUGGGGGCAGGGGAGCGCUGCGCAUCUUGACAUAUAAGGAGUCGGAGGUCAACCAGACCCAGGUUCCCCUGUGGGCCGACGAGAAGGCAGAGAAGAACUGCAGGAACAAGCCUGGGGCAGUGCAGGCCGAGUGUGACAACUACAUCCGGGUAAUCCAGAGGCUGAACAGCAGCUCCAUCAUCGUCUGCGGCACCAACGCGGGUUCCCCCAAAUGCUGGUUCCUGAGCAAUGACACGACGCUGCAGCAGGACAAACGGGGCCAAGCCCUUGCCAUCAGCGGGGAGAGCCUCGCCCCGGCAUCGCCGUCUCAGCCGGCUGCAGCCAUCGCCGUGGAGGGCAGCCUGUACGCGGCAUUGUCCCGGGACAGAAGCACCAUCCAGAGGAGCUAUGGCCCAAGGAAGCUGCUGAGAACAGAAGACAAAUGGGUCGCCAAGGCAGAGUUCGUCACUGCCGCCUUGGUGCCGGGAAAGGAGUCCCACCUGGAUGAAAUCUACUUCUUCUACAACGAAGUCAACGAGACAGCGGGGCUGGAUGAAGAGCCGGUCAAAGCCCGGCUGGGCCGCGUGUGUAAGGUGGAUGAAGGUGGGAAGAGCCUCCUGGUUGAUUUCUGGACCACGUUCCUCCAGGCCAGGCUGGUGUGCGGCAGCCCCACCCAUCCCCAGCGCUUCAACCAGCUGCACGAUGCCGUGGUCCUGGGCGAGGGGAGGAGGGGCCAAGGGACGCUGUACGGGAUCUUCGCCAGCGCCUGGGGCACGACCGCCGUGUGCGCCUACUCCAUGGACAAGGUGACCCAUGCCUUCAAAACCUCCAGGCUCAAGGGCUACACCAACGUCCUGCCAGCGCACCGACCCGGCACGUGUGUCCCCUACAGUUCCCCUAGCGCCCCCUCCAAAGCUGUCCUCAGCAUCAUCAAAGAUCACCCCGAGAUCGAGACCGUCAUCUACCCCGAGGGGCAGCGCCCCCUGUACGUGCUGCAGACUAAUGACACCUACACCAAGGUGGUGGCCGACAGGGUCCUGGACGCCAGCAACACUUCUCGCACUGUCCUCUACCUUGGGACGGAUAAAGGGAAGAUCCACAAAGUCCUGGAGACUGGAGGGCAGACGAUCAUCAUCGCAGAGCUGAGCCCUUUCCGGAGAGACGCGCCCAUCUCUGGGAUGGCCCUGGAUGCCUUCACAGGGCACCUCUAUGUAGCCACUGAGUUCGAGGUGACGCGCCUGCCACUGGCAGACUGUGGGCAGUACAGGGAGACCUGCUGGAAGUGUGUCCUCGCCAAGGACCCGUACUGCGGAUGGGAUCCAGACGGCAAAAAAUGCUCGGCCAUCUCCCGAGAGUCAAAUGACACUGCCAGCAACUUCCUGCAGAGCCUGGACCCAGAAGCCGAGGACGUGUGUGAAGGUGCAGCAGAACAAGUAGCGCAGGAAGCCCUGAAAAAGGUGAGGGUGGACCCGACCAGCUACAUCUACCUCCCGUGUCCUCUGCGCUCCCACCACGCCAUCUACACCUGGGUCAAAGACGGCAGCGUGCAGUACCCCUGUGCCAUGGACGGGCACUCCUGCACGCUGCGCUUUGGGGAGAACGCCCCCAUGGGCCAGGGGCUGUUCAAAUGCACAGCCACAGAGGACGGCUACCUAGAGGAGAUUACUGCCUAUAAACUCACACUCAACGCUGCCUGUGUCCCACAGCUCUCCGUGACAGUGGCCGCUGGUGCUUUAUUCCUUGUCGUCACCAUCCUCUUGCUUUAGACUCUGCCGUCCAAGCGGAGAUCUCAUUCCACUGCCAAUGACAUCUCUUUCUUUUUCUUCUUGUAACCCUCCCUCCUGAAGAUUCUCCCUUUAAACCCCAACCAGAACACACGACGCUCUAGGAACAAAAUUCCAGGGGACUCCUCCGAACGUCCCAUCAGCAAACACAGCCGUUACGGCAGGGGUUUUGCUAGCCAUCGAUAACCCAGGAGCCUCCUUCCCGAAAUGUACGGCACGACUAAACUUGGCAGAGCUGGGGAGAGGGAUAGUUAAAGUAGAGGCAAGGAGGGUAAAUGGACUAUUUAUUUUGCUGCUCAGUGGGCCGGUAGGCCUGCUGCCAUGCCGAUCCCAGUUUAGCAUCCAGCUUGUCUGACGGGCACUGGUCCAGACUGGGAGUCUGCUUGUUCCAAGGCUGCUGGGCGAUAGGAUUUUGCUGGUUUCCAUGAUGUGGCUUCUUUAAGGAACAAUCCUCCAGGUGCUGCUGGGGGAGAGAUGAUGCAUGAGUGGGUCUCUUCCAACUGCAGCUGCUAGGCGCUAAAUCCUUUUAGCAUCCACGCUGUUUAAAGGGAAAGCUUCUCCGAUGAGCCCCAAAUCUGACCCGUUCAGAGUCAUGAUCCAGGCUGUUCUCUCUGUGGUCUUUUGGGCACAGUUCCCCUGAUUACCAGCCUGGCCUGUGUUUUCAAGGGAAGGGCGAGUGAUCAUCCAGACGCCCGCACUCUGAGCUUACGCUGGGGUAAAUGCAGAGUCACUGCGUUGACUUGGCGCUUCCAGUGACGGUUCCGCCUUCAAGCAAUCGUCUUCAGCUACCGUCUUGCCGUGGUUUCAAUCGGCGCCAUGCAGAGGCUGCUGCACAACAAACCGGUGGCCGUGGGAGGGAUCUAAGGCUUGAUUCAACUGGCUCAAGCAACUGCGCUGAAAAGGGACAGAUGGAGAAGGGCUUCCGGCUAGAGGGGAUUUCAGCUCGAAAAGGAAAAGGGAGAGAGGGAAAGUUAGCGGCUGAGCUCAGUCAUGCCUGUGUAAAUCUGGAUGGCACUCACAUGAAGAGGUGCGGGAGCCGAGUGGUAAAGACGGUGUCCUACCAGCUUGAAGGUUGUGGGAUGGGUCUUGCUCGAUCCCAUGCUAAGAUGAUCUCACCACUGCGAAAUGGGCACCUGCUCCAGCAGAUCAGGGCAGCCAGGAUCCACAUCAACCCCUGGUGUCCCGCUGGCUGUGAAAGUGAUGUGCCUUAACUGUGUCAGCCCAAUGAGCCGUUGGCUUGGGGAAGCUUUGCCUUUGCCUCCUGAGAAUGACUCCUGUCUGCCACUGCUGUCACGGAGAUCAGAAUCUGGCCCAGAGACCAGGAGAGAUCGAUUCAAAACUGGCUUUCAAUCUUGCACCAUUGCUUGUGUUCCACAGGACCAGCCAAACCAGUGCUUUGGGUGCUUGUGUGCAAUGGUACGGAAAGAGUUAAUCAUGUCCCCUUUCUCCGCCUUCUGUGUCCAGAGGGUACUGACCAAGCCAGUGCCCUGGUCGUUAAACUGCAUUGGCUAAAUUUGCAAGCAACCCUAAAAAAGCAAAGAACAUAAGAAUGGUCAUACUGGGUCAGACCAAUGGUCCAUCUAGCCCAGUGUCCUGUCUUCCGACAGUGGCCAGGGCCAGAUGCUUCAGAGGGAUUGAACAGAGCAGGGCAAUUUAUUGAGUGAUCCAUCUCCUGUCAUCCAGUCCCAGCUUCUGGCAGUCAGUGGUUUAGGGACACCCCGAACAUGGGGUUGUGUUCUAGACCAUCUUGGCUAAUAGCCAUGGAUGGACCUAUCUGCCAAGAACUUAUCUCAUUCUUUUUUGAACCCACUCCCAGUUAUACUUUUGGCCUUCACAACAUCCCCUGGCGGUGAGUUCCACAGGUUAACGGUAUGUUGUGUGAAGACGUGCUUCCUUAUGUUUGUUUUAAACCUGCUGCCUGUUAAUUUCAGUGCAUGACCCCUGGUUUCUGUAAAAUGCUGGUGAUUCUGAGCCAAAAACCAAAGUCACCCUUUCAGCAGGUUAGCAGCUCCACUGAGUGCCAAAACAGCUGUCCGCAUCUGCGUACUGCACAUCGGCCAGAUUCCAGCUGCUUCCUUCUCCGGAUUUUCAGCAAAGUAAUUUUUUUUAUCUUUGUAUAAAAUAGAUAUGAAAGUUUUUUCAAAAAAAAAUAAAGUAUGAGGAAAAAAAUCUCCCAGUCCCUAAACUGGCUGUAGUCAAUAGCUGUAUGAAUGUAGCUAAGGGCCCACGUAGUUUAAAAAAUCCCAGCCAAACAGGUAGGAUGUUAGAGUAACUCCCUUUGCUUGUAUUUAUCAGCUCUGGGUAUUUAUUUGGUAUUAUUAAAGAGGUAUUGUCUACAAAGCAUAAGGCUAGGCCCCAGGCACUUCUGUCACCGAGUCGCUGUGCGACAGUGUGCCUCAGUUUCCCCAUCUGUGACAUGGGGCUAAUGAUAGUGCCAAACCUUGCAGGAUUGUCACCAUUCAUGAGAUAAUGUUUGAAAAGCACAACAGAGGUGCUGUGUAUUACUUUAAAGUGAUGGGAACAUGGGAUGGUGUAUUGGGAGUCUCCGAAUCCCACUCUAUUGUAGUGGGGGCUGUCCCCAGAUAACCUCACCUGCUGGUCUAGAUCUGCCCUUAGAUUGGCUGGGAAGGAUUUCACUGCCUAGGAAGAUAAGCAUGUGUAGAGAGAGAUGUGUGGGUCGGAAAUUACCAUGACUGGCAGCCACUACCCAUAUGCUCCAGGCGGUGUGUGUGAACAGAAGAAUGUCCCAUUAUGGGGACAUUAAAGCACCUUAAAGACUAACAGAUUUAUUUGGGCAUAAGCUUUCGUGGGUAAAAAAUCCACUUCUUCAGAUGCAUGGAGGGCCAUGUUUCUGAUGCCCAGCCCCAUUCCACUUUUUGGCUCUGUGCUGUCUGUUUCCCUUAUUACCCCACGAUGAUGCUGAAGAGCGGGUGUAAAACUGGCCUCAUGGAGCAAGUAUCUCCCAGUGAGAUGGGGUGGGGGCCUGUUAAGGAAGAGGUUUAUAUUAAUAUUCAGAUAGGAAACCUGAAUGAGUUUCUUGAAGCAUGAUCGCAGGAAGUUCCAGUGUUGCCACUGUCAUAUCUGGUGUUUUCCUUAAAGCUCCAGCUCCUGGAAUCCUGUGAUUGUAGGAGAAUCUCAGCUGUUGUUUAAAAAAAAUAGGUUUCUAGCACAGAAAAGCUUGAAAACGCAGCCCCUGAAGGUUCAAAACCCAGAAGACAAAUGAGACGAGUGCCAGUUAUUGUUUUUUUUAAAAAACAAUCUCAUGAUUUUUUAGGGGCCUGAGCUGAUAUUUGCACUUUUGCGGUUGACGAUGCUGGCAGUCCCAUGUUUGCACCAGGUCGGGGUGCUGUAUAUUGGAAAAACACAAGUUCAUCUUUUUCCCUUUCCCGUUUGAUAGUAUAGAACUUCCGUCGCUGGAGGAAUGCAAAAAGCGACGAGAAGCUACCUUUAGCUGCCUCUUAGUAAACAAUCCUCUGCCCUUUCUUUUUGAAAGAAACAGAGCAGUAAAUGUUGUUCGGCUCCCUCCCACGGCAGAUGCUUCCACUUCUGCAGGACCCUGCUUUGCUGUGUAGCAAUCUGAAUAUGUCUGUGUUCCUCCCCAUUGUAACAUGUGACCCCCGCCCCCACAAAAAAACAACCUAUGUUCCGCUCUCUUCUGAGUCGAAAGAAAGUGUAACGCGUGCUGGGGAAUGGAAUAAAU